AUGUGCUGGCCGUGGCUGAGGGAGCCAGACGCAAGCAGCAGCACCGUAUUUGGUGCCGGAGCCCAAGACCCGGGAAUAGAAACCGUUUAUGACGUGAAGCUGGCCGAAGCCCAAGACGAGGAGGUGCCUUGGAUGCUGGUGGCCUGCUCACUGGGGGAGGACGGGGACGAGACCCGCCGGCUGCUCCCCCCACCCCUCUCACCAGCGGCUCCCCUCGGGGCCAGCGGCGAUCGCGGCCGGCGGCGAGGCCUCCGGGACUUAUGCGCUCCCCCAGGCAGAGCCACGCGGCUCGCCCAAGGGCGCAGCGUGGGCCGUGGGAGCCGGACCUCGGACCGGGGCUUCUCGCCCCCAUGGCCGCUCUGCUCCUGCCGCGGGGACCCCCGCCCGGGCGGCGCUGCCCGGAGGGCUCCCGGGCGGGGCGCGCCCUCCCUUCUCGGGCUGGGCUCCCAGCCCAGCCGCCGCGCUCAACUUUGGGUGCCUCUGGGGCGGAGGCGGCGGUCGGGGAACCAGAGCGCACAAUCGGUGCGCACGCGAGCGACCCUCCGGAACAGGUGGUCCCGGCGGGAGGUGGCCGAGCCCUCCGCAGCCCCUGCCCCUUCCUUCUCUCGGAGCGUGCCUCCUCGCCCCGGCCCCGGGCGCCCCCUGGUCUGUACCCCGGAGCCCGGCUACUCGUACCUCUGGCUCCUGCGACUCCAGGCGGCGGACAAGGCGGCCCCGCGGGCCGGGCGGGCGGCAGGCGGGCGGCAGGCGGCGGGCGGGCAGGGCCGGGAGACCUGCAGGCGGAGCGCCGCUCCUCAGUCCCGGGGCGGGGUCAGCGCCGCCUCGCCCCGCCCCGCCCCGAGGGGGUCCUGCGAGUCCUCGCGGCUCGCGGCGCCUGGGGCUGGACCUCCAUCAGCCCGGGGGCCCACAGGUACGGAGCACUCCCUGUGCCUCCCCGCCGCGUCGUCUAUGGGUUUACGAUCCUUUCCCCACCCCCCAUUUAACAGAUGGGCCAAACGAGGCUCAGAGCGGUUAAGUGACUUCCACGUCAAGCAGCUGGGCAAGGGCAGUAGCGGCAUUUGA